AUGCAUGUCCUCUUCGUUGCUCUUUUUGGCCUUCAAGGCACAGCUGCGUGGCAGCUCCCCCACCGAGUCCUGGCCAAUUCCCCUCACGGCCAGAUGCCGUUGACCUUUCAAACCAAUGACGACGACAUCGACAUCUUCGGAGCCGAUACCAUCGCCGGACUGAAGACCUUUGCCAAUCUUCCGUUCGUGGAUUGCUUCUCUGGCGGGGACGCCGAAGGUCAAUUAUAUGACAUUGCCAUCUUCGGCGCCCCUCACGAUACAACAACUACUGGCCGCCCCGGAGCUCGAUUUGGCCCACCGGCCAUUCGUAUGGGCAGCCAGAGAAAAGGGCCCGGGCAGUGGGACAUUUUCACCGGUCGUGACCCCUUGCAAAGUUGGGCCAGAGUGGUUGACUGUGGUGAUGCACGUCUUACAUGGUUGGAUAAUACCGUUUCCCUGAAGCGACUUGACAAGGCACACAAGGGCAUCUCCGGCCGACCAGCAGCAAAUUCGGCCGUGUCUGUCACACCAAGAAUUCUCGCGUUGGGCGGCGACCAUACGACAACAUUGUCAGCUCUUCGAUCAACGUAUGAGAAAUGGGGACCUGUCUCUGUCAUUCACUUUGAUAGUCAUAUUGAUACGUGGGACCCUUCCGUUCUUGGUGGAAGCAUAUCGGAUUAUGCGGGCCUCAACCACGGUACCUUCUUACACAUUGCCCACGAAGAACAAGUCAUCUUGAACACUUCAAUCCAUGCCGGAAUUCGAGCCCCUCUUAUCAGACGAAAGGGUGAUCUGAGAAACGAUGUUCGAUGCGGCUUUGAGAUAGUAACGGCGCGGGACCUCGACAAGCUCGGCGCGCACGGCGUUAUUUCCAAGAUCAAGGAGCGUGUCGGUGAUUCCAAGGUUUACAUCAGUGUCGACAUUGAUGUCCUUGAUCCGGCUUACGCCCCAGCCACCGGGACGGCUGAACCUGGAGGCUGGUCAACCCGGGAGCUUCUCACAAUUCUCGAGGGUCUAGAAGGCCUUUCGGUUGUUGGCGCCGAUGUGGUCGAGGUGGCACCUGUUUACGACAACGCCGGCGAAACAACAGUACUGGCCGCGGCCGAGGUCGCCUAUUCCCUCAUCGACCUCAUGGUCACCACUCCUGUCAAGUCAAAGGCCGAUGCGGAAACCAGCCAAUGA